AUGGCGUUCCUCGCGCCUCCGCAGUUCAAGUGGCCCCCUUCCACCCGCGCGGCGGUGUUCAGGGAGCCCUCCGGCGGCGCAGGCUCCCGCCCCAGUCGGAUAAACUGCUCUUUCUCCUCCACGGCAGUCGUCGAUGCAGAGCGCCUCGAGUGCUUGUCCGUCGAGCCGCCGCCUUCUCCUCACCGGACCCUUCCGGGCUGUUUCGGUGAGGCGCUUCUCAACAAGGAGGCCAUGGUUGCGGCUGCGGCCGCGGAAGCCGUCGCUCUGGCUCGAGCGGCGGCCGAAGUCGCCGGAGAAGUCGCCCGGAUGGCGCAAAAGGAUCACCCGGCGGACUUACCGCGGCGUGAUGACACGGAGGACAGCUUCUUGUCAAGAGAGGUCCUCCGCACCGAGGUGGGGUUGGAGGCGAGGCGCGCCGGGCUCGAAUUAUUGCAGGGCGAUGAGUUCAGCAGCAUCUUCAGCGACGAAUCCGAGGAUGACGAUGAUGACAGCGGGUAUAGCAUAGCCGUAGCGGUGAAGUCGGCGCGGCGGUCCGAGAGAAGGGCUCGGAGAGUGAGGGCGGCGAUGAAGGCGGCUAAGUGUUUCAGCGGCGGGAAGCCCGUUGGAGCGUCCUCCACAAGGAAGAAGCGGUUGAAGGGUUGCCAGACUCCUCUCGGGUGCUUCUAUAAGAUGACCGGCCUGAGGCUUCUCACGGCGGAACAAGAAGUCGAGUUCUCAGAAGGAAUUCAGGACCUCCUGAAACUGGAAGCCAUCCAAAAGGAGGUUGCGCAAUAUAAUGGUGGUGAACCAACAUUUUCCCAGUGGGCGGCAGCAGCUGGAACUGAUGAGAACACUCUGCGGAGACGCCUGAAUUAUGGGGUUUACUGCAAAAACAGGAUGGUGAAAUCUAAUGUGCGACUUGUAAUCUCAAUCGCAAAAGAACAUGAAGGCCCUGGAAUGGAGUUUUCUGAUCUAAUUCAGGAAGGGAUGCAAGGCCUGAUAAGAGGCGUAGAAAAGUUUGAUGCUAAGAAGGGUUUUAGAUUCUCCACUUACUCUCAUUGGUGGAUCAAACAAGCAAUACGCAAGUCUGUUUUAGAACAAACCCAGAUAAUUCGCCUGCCGGCACAUAUGGCUGAAGCAAGUUCCCGAGUGAAGGAAUGCUGCCGGCGACUCCGUCGUGAGUUGAAACGGCUACCCAGCAACGAAGAGAUUGCGGUGGACACUGGCAUGCCAAUCCGGCGGGUGGAGGCAGCCAUGAGCCUCCCAAAAUACAGCGUGUCCUUCACGAGCAAGGUCGGGUGCACGGACGUCACAUACCAGGUUUGUUCGUCCUUGACGUCCUUCUCAUGUAAACGCUACGGUGGAACAUACAGCAUGACAAUAAUAAUGGCGCCUGAAUCUAACGGCCUCCGCUUCGCUUCGUCGACCUGGCAGGAGAUCAUGCCGGACACGAGCGCCGAGACGGCCGAGGAGGUGCUGCACCGGUGGCUGAUGAAGAAGGACGUGAACUCGGCGCUGGAAAGCCUGAGCCCGCGCGAGAAGCUGGUGAUGCGGUACCGGUUCGGCAUCGAGGGGGGGCGGCCCAGGACCCUGCACGACAUCGGGCAGCUCAUGGGGGUGAGCCGGGAGCGGAUCCGGCAGAUCGAGCUGGGCGCGUUCCGGAAGCUGCGGAGCAAGAAGAGGGUGCAGUCGCUGCAGCAAUACCUGCAGCCGGCGGAGAGCUGGUAG